UAGGAAGCCCGCUGUUGGACGAAGAUGGCAAGAGCAAAAUGUUUGAGAGCGACCAGAAACAUUGGGAGUUCGAUGAUCGAGGCUAUGUGAGUUUCAGAAAUGUCUCUCUGCCGGAUAAUCUGCCCCCUGAGAGCAAACGGAAGGUAGAGAACAUCACCUGUCCUCUCAUGUACAUAGUGGGUGAAGAUGAUCUGUGUACUGCAAGCACAGAGAAUGCAGAUGUGAUUGAGGAGGCCCUGAGGUCUGCAGGUAAAUCUCAUCAGUUUACCCGUUUGUCAUAUCCCGGCGCCGGUCACCUGAUCGAGCCACCCUACACACCGUGUUCAAGAGCGUCUCUAUGGAAAACCAAACCAGAGAAAUUAUUCACUCUGUGGGAGGUCACCCCGCACCCCACGCUGCUGCUCAAGAAGAUGCCUGGAAGAGGAUCCUGGAGUUUAUGGAAACCCAUCUGA